AAACUGUUUCUACUAGCCGACACAAGUGUUUCGUUAAAUUUUUUUAUCAUUUUAAUAUUUAACACAAAACACUAUUUAAUUUUUUAAUUAACAUAUUAAUUUUUUUUUAUUAUAUUUAAAUUGUUUUUUUUUUCUAUAAAUAGCUUUACAUUUUUUUUUUAAAUUUAAAUUUUUAUUUGUUUGUUUUUAUUUUUCUAUUCUCAAGGUUUGUUUUUUUUUUGUUAAAAAAUAUAUAAUUUCAAAGUGUUUAUUUGUGUUAAUAAAUUUAUUAUUAAUAUUUAAAUUAAUUGAGUGUUAAUUUAAUAAUCUUGAGAUACUUUUUUGUGUAUUAUUUUUCAAGUAAAUUAUUUGCAAAGUGGUUGAGCUUUAAAAAAAUAUUUAUAAAUAGUGUCAUAACAUUGUAGAAUAAAAUUACGAUAAGUGUAUUCUAAUUGUGUAAGAAUAAAUUAAUUACUUUCUGGUACUUCAGGAUUUAUCCAAGUGAAGUAAAAAAAUUUUUGAGUUAUAAAUUUUCAAUUAUUUUCCAAUGAAAAGUACACGUGACAGUGAUAAAGAAAAUUACAUUAAGCAUCAACUAAAUAGCAAUUUUUUAAAUACCGAAAUUGCAAUGUCAACGACAAAUAAAAACAUGGAUGAUCCAAUUAACGAGGUACUACUUGAAAAGCUCAAAUCAUGUCUACCAAAAAUUCAAGAUAACAGCGAAUUGAUAAGAAGCAUACUGGCGAAACUUCAUGCUCGCGUCACAUCAUCUGACAAAAAAAUAAGAGAACGAGUGUUGGAUAUAUUGUGGCUAAAAGAUUCCGGGGCUAUUGAACUUUUCAUCAUGAUACUAGAAACAUGUAGAGAUAACGCAUCAAAUUGUAGUAUAGCUGGAAUUCUUCAUGAAUGUAUAUCACCACGUUUAUUAAAAAUUGGAACAAAAGGAACAAAGAAAAAGAAUUCUAAAAAAUCAUCAAGUCGUUUAACAAUACAACAAAUAAUUAAUACCGGUGGUACACAAAUAUUAUUAAAAUUACUAUUAAAUUCCCAGCAUACUGAUACAAUAACAUCAGAAAUUCUCGUUCAAGAAUUACUAUGGAUACUCGGUCAAAUUGCCCAAAAAGAUCAAAAAUUUUCAAUUAAAAUUAAAUACCUAAAUGGCAUUAAAGUAUUUCAUACAUUAUUGAAACAACAUUAUACUGAUUCAAGAAUGAUAUUACCAUUACUUUUAAUAUUUAGAAGUCUUGCUAAAAAUUCAUACACUGUUCAAACCCUCUCCAAAGAUGGAAUUGCUUCUAUUUUAGAAAAAACAUUUGUUACAAUUGGCUAUACACCUCAUCUUAAACUAAAAAUACUUCUUGAAUGUUUUAAAAAUUUUACAUCAAAUCGUUUAUGCUGUGCAAAAUUUGUCAAAGUUGGAAUGGUACAUUCGUUAACUCGUAUAUUUGAAAGAUGGGAUAAAUAUGACAAUUCAAUAAGAUUAAAAAUAGCAAAUUAUUCACUUUGUACUCUUCAUCAUUUGUGUUCAAUAAAAUCAGGAAGACGUGCUGUCAAGGCUAACAAUGGACUACAAUUAUUAUAUAGAUUUUGUGUUAAUUGUCCAGAAGAAAAAUCAUAUGAUUAUCUUAUAUCAAAAGUAUGUGGUAUUAUAAAUUUAUGUUUAGAAAAAAAAGAAUUACCAGUACUUGAAUUGUCACCAGCUAAAUUUAUUAUACCAAAUGGAAAUAAUAUAAAUAAAAGAGAAAAUAGUAUUGAUAGUUGUAGUGAUGCUGAUAGUCAAGCAAACAGUAUUAAUUGUGAUUCAGAUUCAGGUGAGGAUGAUGAUGAUGAUGAUGAAGAAGAUGAGGAAGAUGAAGAUGAUGAAGAUGAUGAUGAUCUAAAUUCAUCAGAUGAUAAUAAAAAGCUACAAUUAACAUCUGAUGUUGAGGAGAGACAGCUUUUAGCUGGUGUUAGCAGAACAACUGAUGAUUUAUUAAUGUAUAAUAUAUUUUUUAAAGAACUUUAUGAUAUAAAUAUACAUAAAAAAAUAAAUGAUGAAAAAAGUAUCAGUUUAAAUAAUGGAAUAAAAUUAAAAAUUUUUGAUAAUAUUUAUGAUAAUUGUGAUGAUAAAACAGCAUACUGUAACAUUGCAAGUAAUGUUAAUAGUGUUCUUCCAUUUGUUAAAGUAGCAUAUCCAGAUUUAGCUGGUUGUGAUUGUCGAGGUUUAUCAGAACCUUUAAAUAACAAAGAUAGAAAAGUAUGUCGUGCUAAAUUAAUGUUGAAUAUUGAUAGAUCUUUAAGACCUUGUUCAAUAACACAAGAUGUAAUAUAUGAUCUUGAUGCAUUAACAACAGCAACAACAACAACAAGUGAAUCAAAAUUAUUAAAAAAUAUUGAUGAAAGUAGAAUUGGUUGUCGUUUUGUUGAUACAAAAUGUUUACAAUUUGAAUCACGUUUUGAAAGUGGUAAUUUACGUAAAGUUAUACAAAUUAAUAAUCGUGAAUAUGAUUUAAUAUUAACACCAGAUGUUAAUAGUGCAUCACGACAUCAAUGGUUUUAUUUUGAAGUAUCAAAUAUGGAUUCAAAUAUUCCUUAUACAUUUAAUAUAAUUAAUUGUGAAAAACCAAAUUCACAAUUUAAUUUUGGUAUGAAACCAAUAAUAUUUAGUGUUAUUGAAUCACAAUUAGGUAAAAUUGGAUGGACAAGAACUGGUACUGAUAUUUGUUACUAUAGAAAUUGUUAUAGAAAAAAAAAUAAAGGAAAAAAUUAUUUAACAACAUCAUUUACUAUUACAUUUCCACAUUCACAUGAUAUUUGUUAUCUUGCAUAUCAUUUUCCUUAUACUUAUAGUCAAUUAAUAAGACACAUAUGGAAAUGGUCCAAAACAACAACAAAAAGCAAUGAUAUUUAUUUUAAAUAUGAUAAUUUAUGUAAUACACUUAAUAAAAAUGAGUGUCCAAUUUUAACAAUAACUUCAAUUAAUUCCAAAACAAAUCCAAUCAAUCAAAGAAAGCUGAUAUUUUUAACAUCCAGGGUACAUCCUGGUGAAAGUAAUGCAUCUUGGGUGAUGCAAGGAACUCUUGAAACUCUUCUUGGUGAUACAAUUUAUGCCAAAAGUUUACGUGAUGAUUAUGUAUUUAAAAUUGUUCCAAUGCUCAACAUUGAAGGUGUCAUCAAUGGUUGUAACCGGUAUGGACUUACAAACGAGGAUCUUAAUCGUCGUUGGAGUAAUCCCAAUCGUUUAAUUCAUCCAGUAAUAUUCAACACAAAAGGACUCAUUGAAUAUUGUACAAGUGUAUUAAAUAAUCCACCAUUUAUAUUUGUUGAUUAUCAUGGACAUUCAAGAAGAAAAAAUGUAUUUUUAUUUGGUUGUUCAAAAUCAGCAUCAUGGAGUUCAGUUGAUAGAGCUAAAAAUGAUCAACCAGUUCAAUAUCUAAUGCUGCCGAGACUCAUGCAGAAAACAUCGGCUGCUUUUUCAUUCCCACUGUGUUCCUUCAAGGUCGAAAAUCGCAGCCGUGAGUCUACGGCCAGGGUCGCCAUAUGGCGCCUUGGUGUUGCGAGAAGUUAUACAAUGGAAAGCAGCUUCUGUGGUUGCGAUCAGGGAUCAUUAGCUGGUUUGCAUUUUGAUACAAUACAUCUUAAAAAUGUUGGAAGAGAUUUGAUGCUGGCAAUUGGAUUGAUGAAAGAGUCCAAUGAUCAAUGGACAUACGACAAACUCGAUGAUCAAUACAGACAUCAUAACAACAUGCCUCGUUUGAAUGAUAACAGUCUUUAUGUUUAUCACAAUAUUUUGGUGGAUCCCAGUCAUACGAACGAGUACAGUGAGAUCUUUGUGGUGGACAAUAUUUUACUUCUGUUGAAGAUGGCUUAUCAUGAUCAUAUUGAAAACCCAUUGUUGAAGCAAAUAUAUUUAGUAAAAAAAUACCAAAUGGCCAGUUGGAAUGUUCAUUCCAUUUUUUAAUAUUCAUGUCUUCAUUAUUUCCAUCUGGACAACAGUAAAAUGAUUCUCUUGAAGUUUUACACCAAUACUUGCAUGGUUUAGCAUCAAUAACAGCAAAUAAAUAACAAAUUAUUUUUGUUAUUA